AUCAUAGCGUGCAACACGACGAUUUCGUGUGCUUGAUUUCAAAUAGCUUGAAUACAUUUGCGCUCACUGGAUGGCAGGCGAGGAGGAGUGGGUACCGCUAACUCUCACAUUUGUAGAGUACCCUAAAGGAGAUUUGACUGGAAAAUGUCUCGCUGCAAUCAGUUUGACACCCGUCUGCAUUCUCGUCGGGCUUGCUACGUUGCUUUUGCUGAAGCGAGAUCUUCAUACGAUGGCCUAUUUCUUUGGUUUGGUGUUGAAUGAGGCAAUCAACUUCAUAUUGAAACACAUUGUGCAGGAGUCAAGACCGACAAGAGGUGCUGAAAAGUUGUUCACUGAGUAUGGAAUGCCAUCCAGUCAUGCUCAAUUUAUGGGCUUUUUUGCAGUUUAUUUUAUCUUGUUUAUCUACAUUAGGAUAAUAUCACAGGAUCGCUGGCAACAGAUGUUAUGGAAAUGCUGCCUCUCGCUGACUGUUGCUUCAGCAGCAGUUCUAGUAGCUUGCAGUCGAGUGUACCUCCAAUAUCAUACUGUACCACAAGUUGUGUAUGGCUUACUCAUUGGUGUAUUGAUUGGUACAAGCUGGUUCGUAAUUACACAUCGCUACAUGACACCUCUGUUUGCAAUUAUUGCAUCAUGGCAAAUCAGUGAAUUUCUUAUGAUUCGUGACUGUUCAAGAAUUCCUGACAUCAUGUGGUUUGAAUACACGGCCAUAAGAAAAGAGUCCAGGUUACGAGAACGGAAGACGAACUAAAUGCAGUUGGAAGGAUUUCAGAGCCAUAUUUUGACAGCCACAAGUCUUUUAAAAUGAGUGAAUUUUGGUGCAUUACACUGUACAAUGUUGAUACUGUACUGAAAAUGUAGUCAUAUGGACUCAUUAACAAGCACAAAUGUAAUGUGAUGGAUAUGACAUCUAUUAGAUAUCGUACAUUGUCAUAUGAA